CGAUUUUAGGCGUUUUUGUGGAUUCAUACUGACCCAGAAUUCUCAUCCGUUUUCUAAGUGUUCUUUUGUCAGGGUGAGAGGGCAUGCAGCUGAAGAGAGGAACUUGCAUUUCCUCCAUAUUUCUGCUCUCUGUAUGACGUCUUAUUGAUAGCAGCCAACAAACCAGCUACAGUUUGUCCUCUCAAUCUGCAUACAGAGCCGCCCUGUCAGCCCUGCCUAUGGAAACCAAAAUAUCUUCUUUUACAGGUGCAGGGGGCCAGAGAAAGAAGAUCCGGUCAACCUGAUGAAGUCCAUUGCCAGGAACAUGUUUGAAGGCUUUCUUGAUGACUUGGAAAAUAAUGUGUUAAGUAGGGAUGAUCUAAGAAAGUUAGGGAAAAGAGUGAACCUCAUCGUGAAUGGGACUGAAAACCUAGUUGAAGAUCUCAGUGAGAAAACAGAAGUGGCAGGCAAAAUAUUUUUGAAACAUCUCUUGAAGCCAAAGAAACAGAUGAAUUUAAAAUCUCUUGCUGAUUAUGAGGAUGAUGAAUCUGAGGACACUGAGUCACCUUUUUCUUCAACAGAAUCUGAAGAUGAAAGUGAAGAAAGUAGCGAUGAGGAAAAAGCUGAAUCAGCCCAGGGAUUGGCUAUGUCUCCAACAGAAUCUGCAUGUGAAGGUGAAGAUGAGGAAACUGAGGAGAAUGCAGGAUUGUCCCAGGCAUCCGUUCCACCUAUGACAGAUCCUCAGGAAACCCAAGUUUCCCAACCUAAAGACAAGUUGAAGCCUUGUUCUCAUGAUCAUUUCCGUAAACUGAAGACAACAAAGGCAGAAGAGAUGUAUCCAGUGAUGGAGAAGAAAGGCCGAACACGCCUGGCCCUCAUCAUCUGCAAUAAAAAAUUUGACUAUCUUUCUGAUCGAAAUGGUUCUGAAGUUGACCUUGUGGGGAUGCAAGACCUGCUUGGAAACCUUGGAUACUCAGUGGUUGUAGAAGAGAAUCUCACAGCUCUGGAAAUGGAAACAGCGCUAAGGCACUUUGCUGCCCGCCAAGAGCACCGAUCCUCAGACAGCACAUUCCUGGUGUUUAUGUCACAUGGCGACCUGGAUGGUAUCUGUGGGACAAAGCACAAUGAAGAAGAGCCAGAUAUUCUUCACGAUGAUACCAUCUUCCAAAUUUUCAACAAUCGUAACUGCCGGAGUCUGAGAGACAAACCCAAGAUCAUCAUCAUCCAAGCCUGCCGAGGCAGAGGUGAUGGGAGUGUUUGGGUGACUGACACGGGAGUAGCCUCUGCCUAUAGUUCUGACCAGCCCUUCCAGGGUUACAUCUGGAAUGAUGCUGUUACAAAGACCCACGUAGAGAAAGACUUCAUUGCCUUCAAAUCUUCAACUCCACAUAAUAUUUCCUGGAGAACUGACAAAACUGGCUCAAUCUUCAUUUCCAAACUUAUCUACAACUUCAGAAAAUAUUCUUGUUGUCACCAUUUGGAGGAGAUUUUUCGAAAGGUUCAACGUUCAUUUGAGAUCCCAAGUGUAGUGAUCCAGAUGCCCACGAUUGAAAGAGUAUCCAUGACGCGAUAUUUUUACCUCUUCCCUGGGAAUUAAAACUCAUACAAAGCAUCUCAGGAAAAUGGGGGCCUUAUGACCUCUAUGAAUCCACUAUUUUAAAAGUGAAAUUUUUGAUCAAAAAUAUUUUUAUACCAAACUUCCCAACUGCCUACCUCUACAAAUACCAGGCUAAAGUUACUCUCAUACUGUUGCUGAGUUAAUGCUUAAUAAAUUCUUUUAAAAUUA